AUGUUCACCGGGCUCACUGCCGUUCAUCGACUACCCACCUUAGAGUGGAAAAGCACUGAGGGCAAGUCUCAGUCGCGUUCUGCGAAAGCCGGAUUACAGUUUCCCGUCGGUCGUGUUCAUCGUCUUUUGAAGAGGGGUAACUAUGCGCAGCGUGUUGGUGCGGGUGCACCUGUCUACCUUGCGGCGGUCUUAGAGUACCUUGCCGCUGAGAUCCUAGAGUUGGCGGGUAACGCUGCCAGGGACAACAAGAAGCAGAGGAUUGUCCCGAGGCACUUGCAGCUGGCCAUCCGUAAUGACGAGGAGCUGAACAAGCUGCUGGGAGACGUCGUCAUCAGCCAAGGUGGUGUGGUUCCGUACAUUAACCCCGAGCUUUUGCCCACACGUUCCAAGGCUGGAAAGAAGGAUGGACCCAGCCAGGAGGUCUGA